GCGAAACCAAAGCCUGGUGGAGGCGUGUGUGGCAUGAUGAGUUCCCCUGGCAGGGCCAGCAGCAAUUAUCCCCUGCACGUCCUGGUCUGGAAUAAUGACUACAGGAGGCUGGAUGUGGAGCUGCAGGACAAGGAUGUCGAUCAACGGGAUCCACGAGGCCGGACCUUGCUGCACCUUGCUGUUUCCUUGGGUUACAUAGAAUCUGCCAAAGUCCUGCUUCAGCACAAGGCAGAUGUCACCAAAGAGAAUGGGCAGGGAUGGACAGUUUUGCAUGAGGCUGUCAGUACAGGAGAUCCAGAGAUGGUACAAAUGAUUCUGCAGCACCGGGACUACCAGCAGACUGCUAUGACACUUGGAGGAGUUCCUGAAUUACUCCAAAAGAUUAAUGAGACUCCUGACUUUUAUGUGGAGAUGAAAUGGGAGUUCACUAGCUGGGUCCCUCUGGUUUCCAGAGUUUGUCCAAGUGAUGUCUGUCGCAUCUGGAAAAGUGGUGCCAAGCUGCGUGUGGACCUCACUCUGCUGGGCUUUGAAAACAUGAGCUGGGAGAGAGGGAGGCGCAGUUUGAUUUUCAAGGGAGAAGAUACUGGAGGCUGGGCAGAGCUGAUUGAGAUCAACCAUGAUGAGAAGUUUGUCACAACAGAACGUUUUGAGAUCUCCCAGCACAUGAAGCGUUUGACCUUGGGCUCUAUGACACCGAAGAGGAAAGAUGUGGAGCGACGCCUCACCUCUCCCAUUAUCAACACGUGCCUUGAUACAAAAAACAUUGCUUUUGAAAGAACCACCUCUGGAUUCUGGGUGUGGAAGACAGAGAGAGCAGAAGGUGUGAAUGGUUAUGAAGCAAAGGUGUACUUUGCCAACAAUGUGAACGUGGUCACCAAAAUCCGAACGGAGCACUUGACAGAAGAGGAGAAGAAAAGAUACAAAGCUGACAGAAACCCCCUGGAAUCCUUUCUGGGUACAGUGGAGCAUGAGUAUGGUGCUCAGAGUACAACCAAGACAACAGAGUAUGCUGCAAGUAACAACCCCACUGCUAUUACUCUGGAGGAAUACUUUGACCCCGAGUUUGAUUUGAAAGGCAGAGACAUUGGAAGACCAAAGGAGGUCACCAUUCGAACACAGAAAUUCAAAGCGACCUUGUGGAUGAGUGAGGAGUUUCCCUUGUCUCUCAUGGAACAAGUCACUCCAAUCAUUGAUCUGAUGGCCAGGACAAGUGCUCAUUUUGCCAGGCUUCGGGAUUUCAUCACUCUGGAAUUCCCACCAGGAUUUCCUGUCAAAAUUGAAAUUCCCCUCUUCCACGUGCUGAAUGCCCGAAUUACAUUUGAAAAUGUCAAUGGCUGCAGGACAGCUGACAAAACAUCCUCACAAGGUGUUGGAGCUGCACAGUGUGAGUCAGGUGCUAAUUUUGAGGUUGACCAGUCGGUGUUUGAGAUCCCCAAAUCCUACCACGUCCAAGAUGAUGGCAGGAACAUCCACGUGCAGGAUGAGGAUAACGAGAUCAUGCAGUUUGCUAUUCAGCAGAGCUUGUUGGAAUCUGGUGGCAGUAAGGACAUGGGGGUGCACUCCAAUGGAGCAGUUGCAUAUUCACCAGACUUCAACAUAGAGUAUCAGAGGGCACUGCAGGAAAGCCUCCUCACAAGCUCAGGUACCCCACACUGCAGCACUCCAAGUGAACCUUCCAGCUUUGAGAAAGACUUGCAGCUUGCCAUGGAGCUGUCAGUGAGGGAGCAGGAGGAACGGGAGAGGCAGCGCCGUGAGGAGGAAGAUGCAGAGCUUCAGCAAGCUUUACAGCUUUCUCUGGUGGAAAAAUAACUCUCCAGCCAUCUCCUGAAGCAAGGAGGACCAAAUUUGGGUAAAGCUGAGAGCUUCCAAAGCUACCAGCCUGAAGACCACUCCUGGAUUGCUUAAGUAAUCAUUUCACUUGCCUUCUCAGUUGGCAUCAUCAGCCACCAACAGCUGAUUUCUUUUGGUUUGAGGGUUUCAGCUCAUGGGACACUGUGUUUGGCUCCCCAGCCACAAGGUCCUAGCUUGGGAGGAAAAGUUUGUAUCAAAAGGUAUUUAUUGAAGAGCAGCUGGGAAUCUUGCUUAGCCUCAGGAUAUAGGAUUGCAGCAAAGCUUGAACUUUAUGGGGAGCUCAGAAGGGAAACUUCAUUACUCACCAAAGAGAUACUCAUCUGCUUAGUCACUUCCAAAUAAUUCAAAGCCAUUGCCUGUUUCUUCCACCACAACUUGGCCCAUGGAAGAGUCUUGACACACACAGCACACACAAGGUAGUUCUUCCUGCUGACAGCUGUUUUCUGUUAGUUCUCUUCAGCUGUGAUUCUCUCUUCUCUAGUUACUGAGACUUCACCAUGCACCCCCUGCUUAAGAGGGAUCAGUUUAUACUUGAACAGCUAAUCCAAGCUGCAGAUUAAACCAGUGCUUUCUGAAAGAAAGAAAGAAAGAAGAAAAAAAAGGACAAAAGUAGCCAGUAACAUGUUUUUUAGAUCCCAAAAAGGGACCAUCUAAGUGAAGCAGCAGUUCCUGCAGUGAUUCUAAACCAGCCAGUUCAAACAGAGGGGGCAGCAGAAAAAAAAAAUCAAUGCUAGGUCAAGGUGCUUCUCAAGGAUUGCUCUGCAUGCAUGUGAUGUGUGGGUGCUGAAUUCAAACAGGAGGCAAA